UUGGCUGAUCGUGAGACUAUCCGUAAGUUAACGGUUGAAUUUAAUAAUUGCUUAAACUAUGCAUGUGCUUUGGGUCCUUUUGAUCACAUUUCUUCUGACAGGGAUGUUUUUGUUGGUUGUUAUUUGCCAUUUUACAUUCAAAAGCGUGCCCUUGUGUCUGUACCGUGUGGAAACGAGUGGUUGCACUGAAUACCUGGCUUCCCUCUUACCGAAUAAGGAUACCGUUAGGGUUGAGGGACCUAUAGCCACAGAAGCUUCAUAGAAUUUAAACGUACAAUCUUUGUCAGGGGAGGUCUUUUUGUAUAAUUCCCUGCCCCGUGAGGUUCGCGUAUUCCAGCAGGAAAUUCUGAGGUAUUUUUAGCCUAGGUUUGGCCACAAAGCUUUUUCUUAAACUUUUUCAACUUUUUCUUUUCUUUUUUCUUUACUCAUUCUUAUCUUGUAUGUUAUUUUUUUUUAUAUCGCCACACUAUUGUAAGAGGGUCGCUCCCUAUUUAUAGUGUUUUUUUUAAUAAAUUGAAACUGAAUUGAAAUUGAAUUAAAUAAUAUCCGGCGAAUUUUGUAAUUUAGGUUUCACUGGGUGAACAUGUCAUUCAAAACAGCUUAUCUUCGAAUGAUUAUUAAGCAAAAACUGUAUACUAUUGAAAUGUUACGAGAUUGUGAAAUAAUGAACUGAGCAUUUAUUUCAAUUUUAUUGAUUUCAUGUUAGGAUCCCCAACCAGCUGAAAAAUGAAAAGGUACCCUCUUGGCUAACUCUGAAAAGCCAAUGUGUAUUCAAAAGAACGUUCUUAUUCCUACUCCUAUCGUUGUUGGUAGUGAGGACUGUUUAUAUUUGAACGUCUAUCGACCAAGAACAGAAGAAGGUUUAAUCUACGAGGAGAAGCUACCCGUAAUGAUUUUUAUCCAUUACGGUGGUCUCUUCACUGGAGGCAUUACGACACUACUACUCGGACCGGAAUAUUUCAUGGAAACAGGCUCUGUUAUCCUUGUUUUGAUGCAGUAUCGUCUGGGUAGUUUUGGAUUCUUAAGCACAGGAGAUUCAGAAUGUCCUGGCAAUUUUGGUUUCAAGGAUCAAAGAAUGGCUAUGAAAUGGGUAAAAGAUUAUAUUGAGAAUUUUGGUGGAAAUUCCAAUUCUAUUACCAUCUUUAUAUCUGAUAGUGCCGGAGCACUAUCUGUUCACAUGCAUAUGCUGAGUCCUCUGUCAAAGGGACUCUUUCAUCGAGCUAUUGUCCAAAGUGGGAGUGCUAUUGCGCCAUAUAAUUUCCCUGUAUCUGAUCCUCUUGAGCAAGCUCGAGAACAAGCCAAAGUUCUCAAAGUUCCUAAUGCUGAAAAUUUGAAUUCUUCUAAAAUUAUUGAAGAAUUGAGGAAAGUUGAUGCAAUAACGCUCGUAGAAAGUUCUGACAAAAUGAAGUUUUGGUCAGUGGAUCCUUUAGUGCUCUUCAGAACUGCCAUUGAACCUGCAGGUCCUACGGCUUUCAUGUCUGAAAAUCCUAUUGAUAUUGUGAUGAGGGGAAACUAUAAACAUGUUCCUUGGAUGACAGGCGUAGUUACAAAUGAAGGAACUGUUCGUGCAACAACGAUCUUGAAUAAUUCUACAGAUCUCAAGGAUUUAAAUGAUCGUUUUGAUGAGCUGAUGCCAAAGCUAAUGGAAAUUAAUGCUACAAAAGAAGAAUUAGCAGUCUUUUGGCCAAAAGUUAAGAACUUUUACUUCGAUGGAAAAUCCUACGUCAGUAAUAGCAAUUGGCAAAGAUUCGUUGAUAUAUUCUCCCACCGAUCCUUCUACCAUCCAUUCUACAGAACUGUGAAGGCCUACACCUCAUACGCUGAUAUCAAGAAAAACCCCAUCUAUCUAUACAAGUUCGCCUAUAGAGGAAAUUAUUCCUACUCAGUGCUUUUCAGCGGAACAACUAAAUACUACGGUGUUAGCCAUUGUGAUGAUCUUGUCUAUUUAUUCACUUCUCCAGCCAUUUUUCCCGCACGACAUUCAGAAGGUUCAGUCGAUGAGAAAAUGAAAGAUAUCAUGGUAAGAACGUUUACAGCAUUUGCAAUCUCCGGACGACCUAAAGAGUGGACAGCUGUUCCCACAUGCCAGAAAUACACAUUCAAACCAAUUUGCCAUUAUCAACAAUUUUCCAAUUCAUCUGAUGGAAAAAUUCAAAUAGAUACAUCGCAGGACUUUGAUAUGGCAGCCGUUAAGUUGUGGGAUGAAUUGAAGGAAUACAAAGUAAGGACAAGAUAUGAUACCUAGAUAAUUUAGUUGGAUAGUUAGUUUAUUCUACGUAUUUUUUGUACAGUACAAAAAUAUUGUACAGAAGAACUGUUCUGUAGGUAUUUAGUAUUUCUUUAAUAUAUUUCAAAUUUCAAAAAUUUUGGUGGAAUUUCAAUAGCAAGAUCAUCUGACCUAUGUAAAGUAUAGACACUGGAAUUAUUAAGCGUUUUUCCGAUAUCUUCA